AAUCACAAAGCAGUAGCACCGUGUUGUAUUAUUUCCUCGGCUUAUUUUGGUGCUAGAGCGUGUUAUCAGUCAGUGAUAAGCGGUAUUCCAACGACUCCGAUCUCAUUCUUCAAUUCAGCUUCCUACCGAGAACACAAAAGAUGACAACAAUGUUAACAAGCGAGAGUGAAGAUAAUAUGGAAACGUUCACUUCAUCGCCAAGGCUUGGACAAUGCGAAGUCUGCAAUGGCGCCCAGGCUCUGUACACUUGCCCCAAAUGCGAAAUCAAAUCGUGUUGUCUAAAAUGCGUAAACAUCCAUAAGAAGGAACUGAACUGCGAUGGGGUUCGGGAUAGGACCAAAUACAUUCCGCUGAAGAAGAUGACCAAGCUGGACCUGUUGAAUGACUACCGCUUCCUGGAAGAAUGCGGUCGCUUUGUCGACGAUCGAAAGCGGGACAAGCAGAAGCAUUUCACCCGUUACAACAAAACGCUGCCUCCAUCCCUGUUUCGGCUGCGUGGGGCUGCUCGAGAACGCGGCACAACACUGCGAUUCCUGUUGCAGAACUUCAGCAAACACCAACGCAACACCAGUCAGUUGAACUUCAAAACAGCAGUAAUCCACUGGCAUCUGGAGUGGUGCUUCCCGAAUGCCGAGGGUUUAGUUUUCACUGAUGAAAGAUGUAGCGAGAAUAACCUACUGUACGUUCUACUGGACAAAUACCUUGACACAACUAAUGGAAAGGAAUUUGCUGGUAAAAGCAAACUAGAGUUCUAUCAGUCUCGAAAUUUGAAUCAGCUGCGAAUUUUGCUCAAGGCCGAAGGCAUAAAGCGUUGUCGUAAUCGUUUCUACGAGUUGGAUCCAAAGAAAACCCUUAAAGAAAACCUGAAAGAUAAAACCAUCGUUGAGUAUCCAUCGCUGGUCGUUAUCUUCCGUGAAACUGAGGACCAGUUCGAUAUUAUCGAAUCGGACGAAGAUGUGGUGGCGGAAACUAAAAUGUACCAACAACAUCUUGAUAAUCAUUUCAACAAACGUCGAAGGCAGCAACCAUCGUCAACAGAUCAGAAGGAAAAGAACCCGAAAGAGGAACAGGAUUCAAAAUUGAUGCUACGAGGCCUUGACCGGAUGGAAAUUGUUCGAAAGCGUGAUGAGCGAAGAAAGAAGCGAGAGCAGGCGUCCAAGGAGCCGACCAACUUGCUCUUCAGCGACGAAAGUUUGUGGAACCAAUACUCGUCAACGUCCUCAGAAACGGAUGGCGGCGCCACGGAAGAAGAAGAUGAAAAAGAUGGAGUAAUGUCACCUAAGAGAGUUAAGGUGUAAAAUUAUAUUUUUAAAUUAUUAUUUUUUAUAUGGAAUACGAAAUAUGUAUUAUGAAUAUUUUAAUAAAAUGAAUUGUUAAUUUAUAUUCGAAGCGUAAUUUUUGUAAAAUUUUGUAACCGAAACAUAAAAAAUGUUUUGAAGAGGAUAGAAAUGCUAAAAUAACGCACUAAAAGAUUGAGGAUAGAUGAGGAUUUCUCUAUAAUUUCCAGCCUUAAUCAAAGAUGGGUGUCCAAUUACUAAUACGUUUUAUUAUUUUACCGCUGGCUCUCAUAUUUUCAAGUUUUUGCUACGAAAUAUACACACUCGCAAUUAA